AUGCUAGUGGUGCCCCCUCCUGCUGAUGUUCGUAGAAAGCUUGUGAUUGUUGGUGAUGGUGCCUGUGGUAAGACGUGUUUGUUGAUCGUCUUCUCCAAGGGUACUUUCCCUGAAGUCUACGUUCCCACCGUUUUCGAAAACUACGUUGCUGAAGUUGAAGUCGAUGGCCGUAAGGUUGAAUUGACCCUUUGGGAUACCGCUGGUCAAGAAGAUUACGACAGAUUACGUCCUCUUUCUUACCCCGAUUCCAACGUGAUCUUGAUCUGUUUCUCGAUCGACUCGCCGGACUCUUUGGACAACGUCUUGGAAAAGUGGAUCUCCGAAGUCCUUCAUUUCUGCCAAGGCGUGCCCAUCAUUCUUGUUGGGUGCAAGGCUGAUCUCAGAAACGACCCCAACACCAUCGAAGCUUUGAGACAACAACAACAGCAACCUGUUUCGACCUCCGAAGGUCAAGCUGUUGCUCAAAAGAUUGGUGCUGCCGACUACUUGGAAUGUUCGGCCAGAACCGGUCAAGGUGUGAGAGAAGUUUUCGAGGCUGCCACCAGAGCUUCUUUGAAGAAGGUCAGCAAGCCUUCGUCUGCUAAGAAGAAGUGCGUGCUUUUGUAA